AUGCGUGCAAAACGGCAUUACUCAUGUAAGCGUGAUUAUCGGGCGAAAUUUCCCCUCUUCCCUCUUCUCGCCUUUCUACCACAUGCCCAAGCUCUCAUGUCCCUCGCCUCCGGGCCGUCGGCAGCUGUGCUAUGCUCUCUAAAGGCAGGCGCUCCACCCGUUCACCAGUCGGCCAAUCUUGCGCACAGUCGGGUUGGACGUUGCCCUCCCCAGUUUGCCAGGCUCCAAAUCAAGUCUGGAGGAAUAAAUAAAUCUGUGUUAUUCGAAGACAGUCUCCUGCUUGGCUCUUGUCCCACUGGCUUCAAUCAAAUCUCCACCAAUUUCGAGGAAAGCCUGUUCUCUCCUCUUCUGCCGCCCACUUUCUGGGCCGCUAGUACAGCCCCAGAAGGAUACAGGUGGCCGGUGAAUCAUUGUCAGUGUUUCCUUGUUAACAAGCCAGUCGUCCAGCGUCUUCGCUGUCCUAACGCGUUGGCUAUUUCGCGCUUUGGAGGAGGAUUGCGAAAGAAGAGAACAGAGGAAGGUCAUAGGCAGGAGAUCCAUCCGGCGCUCCCAGCCUCUCUUGGGCACUAUAAAAUGGAGCGACUGCCAACUCUACCGGCUUACCUAGAGCCAUUGCCCACGUCGAAACUAUGCUUCGUAUCGUGUGGAUAG